AUAUUGGACUUAUUAUCUGGGUACUUUCAACAAAUUUCUCCACUCAAAAUUUGGAACUUUUAUUUCACUAUACUUUGAAAUUUUCCUUAAUUAAAGAUACAUUCAUUCAUACAUACAUACAUAUAUAUAUAUAUAUCAUAUUGAAUUGCAAGAAUAAAAUUACAUGUUUGUUCUCUGGAGGAUUGGAUGUUAUUUAACUGGGAAACUUUCAGAUUCCAAGGAAUCAUAGAUUUUAUUCUGCUCUAUCCAUGAUUAUUUUUUCUUUCCCUAAUUUUAGGGUGAUUUUUCCUUGCAUUUGUGUCAAAGUUAGAUUAAUCAUACAUCAAAAUUAACUAAUCUAAUUGCUGUUCGACUUAAUCUAUCAAUGAUUUCUUUUUUCUCCAUGAGAUAUUGAUUAUCAUUCAAACCUUGUAUAAGGUAAUGUAAGUGUAUAGUAUAUACUGAACGAAGAUUGAAUUGCAGGCAGAUAUGAAACCCACAUAAUUUUCUUUCAACCCAAAGAUUUUAUUUGCUUGAUUUUCUCCCAAUCAAGCAAAAGAGAAAGUUGAAGGAAUGAUCGACAGAUGAUGAUUCAUUUCCAUUUAAUAACUUCGUUGAUCUUGUCAUGAUUGAAUAUCUCUGAUGAUUCUUUCCUUACCUUAGAUUCAUCAUAUCACAGUCACCUUUAUAUAAACAAGGAGCAGCAAUGGUGCAAAACCAAGAAAUUAACCAGAAAGAGCCUUUAUAGAGAGUUGAUGGAUCCCAUUAUCAAAGUUCUUAUGUUCCCAUGGCUGGCUCACGGCCAUCUCUCUCCCUUCUUAGAGCUAGCCAAGAAGCUCUCCACCAGAAACUUCAAGAUCUUCAUAUGUUCUAGCCCUGUCAACCUCAGCUCCAUCAAAAGAAGAAUCACUGAGAAGCAGUCAGACUCGAUAAAACUAGUUGAGCUCCAUGUUCCAUCCUUGCCUGACCUUCCUCCACAGCUUCACACCACCAAAGACCUUCCUCCUCAUCUCAUGGUCACCCUUAAACAGGCCUUCGACUUGGCCGAACCCAACUUCUCAGACAUUCUCAAAGCUCUGAAACCUGACAUUCUUGUCUAUGAUUUUCUUCAACCAUGGGCACCAGCCAUUGCUGCAUCGCAUGAUGUUCCUGCCGUUAACUUCAUUACAAGCAGCACCACCAUGACUGCCUUCGCCAACCAUCUCUACCGGUACCCCCUGGCUACCUUCCCUUUUCCAUCCAUCUCCAUUCGUGGUUACGACAGAGUAGACAUCUCCCAUCUGCUCAAUCCUUCUCGAGACCUCGACAAGGAUAAAACCCGGUGUUUUGAUUGCGUCAAGAGGUCUUCUGACAUUGUCUUGAUCAAGAGUUUCAGAGAGGUUGAAGGAAAGUACAUAGACUACCUCUCUGGCUUGGUUGGGAAGAAGGUUGUUCCUGUUCCUCUUGUCCAAGACUGCAUCAUUAAUGAAGAUGAUGAGGGGAUCUUUGAGUGGUUGAACAAGAAGGGGAAGGGCUCAACAGUGUGUGUUUCAUUUGGGACUGAGUAUUUCUUGACAGAGGAAGAGAUGGAGGAGAUAGCUCAUGGCCUAGAGCUUAGUGGUGUGAACUUCAUAUGGGUUUUGAGGUUUCCCACAGGAGCAAAUACUAGGGCUGAAGAGGCACUGCCAGAAGGGUUUCUUGAGAGAGUUGGCGAGAGGGGCAUGGUGGUGGAAGGGUGGUUCCCACAGGUGAGCAUUUUGCAGCAUCCAAGCAUUGGUGGAUUUGUGAGCCACUGUGGAUGGAGCUCAGUGAUGGAGAGCAUGAAGAUCGGUGUUCCAAUCAUAGCCGUGCCAAUGCACCUUGACCAGCCGGUCAAUGCUCGUCUGGUGGCCGAAACCGGCUCUGGCGUGGAGGUUGAGAGAGGAGCAGAUGGGAAGCUUGAGAGGCAGAGAGUGGCAGAGGUGAUCAAACAUGUUGUGUUUGAUGAUGCAGGGGAGGAUGUGAGGAAGAAGGCAAGAGAAUUGGGGGAAACCUUGACCAUGAAAGGAGAGGAAGAUAUAGAUGCGGUGGUGGAAGAACUGGUGAAGCUUUGCAUGAACAGAAAGAAUCAAGAUCAUGAUAGAGAAGAUCCCAACAUGUCAACCAAUCAGCAAAGUUUCGACCCCAACAAGUAACACUGGGGCGGAUCUAGGAACAGAUUUGAGGAAGACUGGCCCUCAAAUC